GUGCGUCAAGGUUUUGAACUGAAAGGCGGUUAAAAACAAACGGCAGCAGUUAUUAUUUCAUUACGUGUAUAAGAAGCAGUAAUGUCACGUAUCAGAGAUCCUCACACAGUGAGGUGUGAACUAGUUCCACUGCGUGAUGUACAGAAUGAGAGAUCAGCAUUGCAGCAGAAGCCAUCUAGUGUUAAAGUGUGUGAGGUGCACACUGAUCAGAAGGAAAAUCUGCCCCAGUCGUCCUUCAUCACUGACCCCCAUCCACAUCUGUGCAGCAGUGAUGCAAACAUCACAUUUAAGUCCUUCACAUGUGCAGGAGGAGAGGUGGAGAUUUCAGACAGAUCUGAUCUCUCAGACAGAUCUGAUCUAAUGACUCGUGUCUCCUCAGACGAGACUCCUCUUAAUAACACCACAGUGACACACGUGGACACCGAGGGCAGACACGAGGAUCAUCCGUACUGCACCGGCUCCAGGACACGAGAGGACCAGGCCUACACAGACUCUACAGUCAUCACCUUCACAUCCUUCACCUGUCCUGGAGGAGAAGUCCACAUCACAGGAGAUGAAUCAGUUGUUGCCAAGGAGACAGAUUUGCAGAAUCUAACUCAGAGUUUUGUAGAUGAAAGUUCUGCUGAACACACCGAGCUUCCCAGCCAUCAUUCUGAUCAUCUGUACUGUAAUACUCAAACAUCUGAGCUGACAUCUGGGAACAUGGAGAAGGAUGAUGGUGCUGGUGGUGGUGGUGGUGGUGGUGAGUCUGUAAACAGUGCCUCCAUCUUUAAUAAUGCCUCUGACAUCACCUUUAAAUCCUUCACCUGUCACGGAGGAGAGGUUGAAAUUGCAGAAGAAUCACUUGUACCAGAUGAAUCACUCAUGAAGGAUGAAUCAGAAGGGCAGAAUAUUGAAAGUGAGACGUGUGAUGAGCAAACAGAGCAUCUCAGCUGCCAUUUUGAUCAUCUGUACUGUAAUGUUCAAACAUCUGGGAAGGAGGAGGAGGAGGAUGGUGGUGAUGGUUCUGUAAUUCUUCCAUCUGUCUCCAACAAUGCCACAGACUCCACCACUACAUCCUUGAGUCCUGGAGAAGUUGACAUUUCAGGAGAAUCAGUUGUACAGGACGAAUCACUCAUGAAGAAUCAACCACUCGUUACUAAAGAUUCAGAAGUGCAGAAUUUCCAGAGUGAGACCUGUGACGAGCAAACAGAGCAUCUCAGCUGUCAUUCUGAUCAUCUGUACUGUAAUGAUGGAACAGAAUGUUCUCCUGUUCAGGUAGACGGUUCUGUCACACACUCCACCAUGUUAGAUGCUAACAAUCUGGAAGGAGUUGUUACUAAAAGCGACUCUUCUAGUCUCCUAAACGGCUCCUGUGCAGUGGAGAGACGAGAGAACGUCACAUUCUGCUUCUCAGGUGCUGAAGUGGAGAUCGAGAACACGUCGAGAACGUCGGACAUGUCCAACCUCAUAAAGGGUUUAAAGAUCUACGAGUCCUCACCUGACAGUGAGCUAAGUGUACGUGGUGGAGAAAGAGCUCUUAUUGGAGAAAACGAUGACCAUUUUUACCGUCCGGUUGUGAGAAAUGAUUCAGAUGUUAGUGUUUCUGAGAAUGAAGCUCACCUCACCGUACAGAUCUCCAAUACUGGAGUCGUAGGAAGCUCAGAAAAAGCAGCGAGGAACGAGGGAUUGGAGAACAUGAUGGUUCCUGAAGGUUUUUCAGACUCCACAGAGGUUCAAGUUUUAAAAUGUGUCCAGCAGCCAGAUGUUAACCAGCAGACAGCUGCAAACCCUGAAGAAACUGUGUUUAAGAAUGAAACACGACUCAGAUGUGAUGUUCAGGAGGAGCUUUCAGAUGAAAAUGGCAAAAUAUCUCGUUCCCAUCCUGGGGUUGAUGGAAUACUUAAAAAUGUUGGUCCUUCAGAAACCCAGAAUGUGCAGAAGCACAACAGCAUCAGCCGAAGUGUUAACGAUGUUAACAUGUCGACUCACUGCCUUCCUGAACUCCUGCGCUCUGAAAGCGUAGAUAUAGAAGCUCAGAUUAAAAUGUGGAGCCACAUUAUUCUUUCUGAACCUUCUACUCCUAAACAUUCAGCUCUUGGACAUCUCUGGCUUCCAGAAAGUCCAAUUCCUCCUCCUCAGCUGCACUCCACCGUACUUACUGCACCGCUAACACCCAAACCCACCCGCGGUCCUGAGCUGCAGAAGGAGGAGGUCAUGAAGGAUUUCCCCACAGUGGGACAAGGACCUCUCCAGGACCAGCUCAGGAAAAUGGGUGAACUCUUGAUCGCAGCUUCUGGGAAAUUGUGUGUGCCAGCAGCUGUGACGCCGGUGCAGCAGCACAGCGCCUGUGUGUGGACCACACCCACUCUACAGCAGGAGCGCAGCACCAACACCUCCACCAUCAUGGACGAAAGGAAGGAGAUCGAUGUCUCUGACGCCUGCACUUCAACAGACUCUCUGCUCUGGAGUGUGAGUCGCAGUAAUCUGGAGUGUUUGUCCCGCUCUGAGUUGGAGCAGAAGAUGAUCUCCACCCUCAUCAUGGUGGAGAUUCUGUCUCAGCAGCUCACAUGCGCUCAGAACCAGAACCUCAGUGGCAGACCUGAGCCGAGCCCAUCGAGCCUGAGAGACCGUCUGGUCCAGACAGAGCACACUGAGCUCAGCCAGACGGGGCCAUACAGAGAGCUGUAUGUGAGCGCACUGCAGAGAAUCCAAACUCUGGAGCUCCAUCAGGAAACUUUUCACAGCUUGAACCAAGCCAUGCAGCUCAUGAGCAACACUUUGAUGAGUAUUAAGUCAGAAACAGAGGAGGCUCUCAGCAGCAUGAAGGAGCUGGAAGGCAUCGUUUCUGAAGAUCAGAGAACCCAGUCCCAUCAGAUGGGGCAGAUGAAGACUCUCUUUGCUCGCUGUAUGGAGAUGCUGAAGAAAAUGGAGCAAAAAACCAAAGUGUGUGUAAAGAAUAGAGAUGAUAUGAAGAAGCAGAUGGAAGAAGCUCUGGAGAAGGAAUCAACGGUGUUUCGGGUGCUGGAGCAGUUGCGUGUCCAUCACACCACACAAGUGUCUGAUCUGCAGUAUAACCUUGGAUCCCAUGAGGAACUGACAGACACACUCACACACACUUACCCACAGCUGGUGGAGCUGAACAGGAUGCACAUGGACUCUGUCACUGAAGCUAACACACUGCUGAGGGAGACACUGGAAGAACACACACGUCUGUCAGCUGAGCUACAUACAGCUCAGCAGCUCCUCCAGAGGACGUAUCCGUUACUACAGAAUCUCCAGCACAAAGCAUCAGCUGCUGUAGAGCAGAGUAAGAAAGACCAGGAGGAGAGAGACCGAGCAUUAGAGGACAGAGAACAGAUGGUGCAGCAGUUGUAUGACACACACUCCGGCCUACAGGAAGCCCAUCAGCAGAUUGCAGACCUAAACACACAGAUAACCAUCAUGAGUUCAGAGAUGGCAGUUCUUCGAGAACAGCUGGAUGAUGUAGAGGAUGAGCGUGCUCAGUUACAGAGGAAGACCACAGAGCUCUCAGCUACUGUUUCCUCUUCUCUGGCUUCUUACACUUUCCUGGAGCAAACACUAACCUCUGAAACCAGCAAAUUGCAGCGUUCACUACACAAGACUCAGGAGGCCACUGAGAGAGCAGACAGUCUCCAGGCAGCUCUGUGUGUGUGUGAGAAGAGGGUGGAGGAGUUGGAGCAGAUAAUGGUGCAGAAAGACACUCUUAUUUCUGAACUCAGUUCUGAAGUUGAGAAUCAGCGAUUGCAGCUGCGCAGACUCACGCAGGUCCAAAGUGAACUGUCCAAUACCAAGGAAAUGACUGAGUUUUUACAGACAGAGAAUGAGCUGACACGAGAGCAGUUGGCUGAGAGUGAGGGAUUGCUGCGUUCACACCUUCAGGGAUUGAGAGAGAGAAACCUAGAGUGUGAGGACCUCAGAGUGGAGCUACAGCAACUACGUGUGGAGAAAGAGUGUGUGGAGCAGGAACUGGUUAGUACACGUGAUAAAGCUCGACUCAUGCUGUUGGAUCAGGGAGAGCAGCUGGCUCAGGCCACACUGGACACCUCUCUACUGCUGCAGCGUGUGUGUGCUCUCAUCAACAGCACACACACCACUGAGCACCACAACCACAAGACUGAUCCAUCACCUCUCCCUCAGUCCUGCAGCUCCUUCCUCAACUCUGUCAUUAACGCUCUGACUGAGGAGCCCUGUGUUACAGUACCACCUCUCAACCCAGGAAGUUGUGUAGAGGAGGAGGACCUGAUUGAGACCAUGGGCAGCAGGAGCAGUGCCUUCACUCGCAUCGUACCAGCUGAACUCCAUAACACGAACGAUAAUAAUCACAGCACCACUCUAUUGGAGUUGUUAUUGUCUUUGGGUGAGAGUGUGUCGGAGCUCCAGUCUGCCUUGGAUCAGCUGAAACAACACAAAGACUCUGAGAUACACACACUGCACAAGAGCAUUCAUGACCUGCAGGAGGAGAUGGUGGCGCAGAAUAACCGACACGUGGCAGAGGGGGCGGAGCUUAAACAGCAAGUGGCACGGCUUAAAUGUCAGGUGGAGAGAGAUACCCAGGUGCUGCAGCAGAAGACACAGGAUGAGAAAGCUCUUAGGAAGUUGUGCAGUGAGCUGGAGGAGAAGAUAGAAGCAGCACAGAAACACAGAGCAGAGAACAGUGAGCUGCGUAGAGAGGGAGCAGAUCUGCGCCGUGCACUCAUGCAGUCUCAGGUGGAGGUGCAGGCUCUGAGGGCGGAGCUAAAAUCCACCGCUCAAUCAGCAUCUGGCACGAAUGACCUAGAGGACAGGAUCCGCCUCCUGAGAGAGGUGGAGAAGCUGAAGGCUAAUCUCAUGGAGGUUGAGGAAUCCAGAUCUAAACUACUGGAACGAGCCAAGAGACACCAAAUGGUGCACGCGAUGAAUCAGAGUAAACUGGAGCGUGAGCUUCACCUGCUGGAUGACAUGAUCGAGGCUGUGAGGAAGGCUCUCUCGUCUGUUCCUGAUGUAGUAAACUCUUGUCCUGAGCUGCAGAAGUUGGUGGAGUAUCUCGGCUGAGUGAAUUCUGUCUCUUAUUCACUAACUGACUCACUUUCACUUUUUAAUCUGCAUUUCUACGUCGUUUAAUUGUUACUAGAAAUAAAACUAAAAAUACCUUUUUAUGUGUAAACAGACAUUUUCUAAAUAAAAAUGGUUUUGGAUUGAA